AUGUGCGGUGCUUUAUUCACAGCGUUUGAGGACGAGAGUGAGCUGAUCCAACCCUUUCUAUGGGAGGGGGACUUGAAACCCUCCAACGCUUCGACGGCAUGGGGGGGGUACUUGGAACUUGAGCCAGCGAGACAAGAACCUGAAAGGUUGACCCCUGAUUCUUUGAGCCACACGUCCAUGGCCAUGGUUCCACGGACCACGUGUGCGCGGGUGCUGAUCCUGGUGACCCUCUUUGGGUGCCGGCUCAUAAGUGUCGCCCACUCGUUGACUAUUGAGCAGAUCGACAGUCUGGUCGAGGGCCCCCUUUGGAAUCAAACCAGUAUCUUCCUUAGCUCUAGGGGACUGUCAGGUCCCCUCCCCCCGGAGCUCGGCAGCCUCACCAACCUUACCCAUUUGUUCCUCUACUCCAACAAUCUCUCCGGACCCAUCCCUCCCGAGCCCGGCAACAUGACCAGCCUUGCCUACUUGGAACUUCAAAACAAUAGCCUCUCCGGGCCCAUCCCCCCGGAGCUCGGCAGGCUGACCAGACUUAUCGAGCUCGUCCUCCAAGACAACAACCUUUCUGGUCCCAUCCCUCCUGAGUUUGGCAGCCUUGACCAAAUAUCUCUUCCUGAGCAACAACAGCCUCUCGGGCCCCAUCCCCCCCGAGCUCGGCAACCUGACCAAUCUUGA